GGCGUUCAUCCCGCGCAUGCGCACUUGGAGAAGGCUACCCCAAGAUGGCGGAAGAGCGGUCGGGCUGCAGCCUAUAGUUUACUGUAAAAAAUAGAGGUUUUGUGCUUCAAUAUUGAGUGUUUCUACGUAUACUACUUGUUUUACUAGUCUUUUCGGUUAUUUCUGUUGUUACGUACAAGUCUAGUUUUGCUGAUUGAUCGGCAAAAUGAAUUUCAACACGAAGGUAGUGCAGGUGACCAAUGUAUCGCCGAGUACCACGUCGGAACAGAUGCGCACACUAUUUGGUUUUCUCGGAACCAUCGAAGAAUUAAAGUUAUUUCCACCAGAUGACUCUCCGAUGCCGGUCACGUCCAGGGUGUGCUUUGUGAAGUUCCAGGAGCAGGAGUCAGUUGGAGUGUCUCAGCAUCUCACCAACACAGUCUUUCUGGACAGAGCUCUGAUUGUGGUCCCUUUCGCUGAAGGUUCCAUCCCAGAUGAGAGCAAAGCUUUGGCACUGCUGGCACCAGCUAAUGCUGUUGCAGGAAUCCUGCCCGGAGGAGGACUUCUGCCCACUCCCAACCCCCUUCCCAACCCGUUGGGUGCGAAUCCGUUUGGUGCCCCAAACAUGGAUGCUCUGGCUGCUUUUGGAUUUCCUGGAGCCAACAUGAACCCACAGGCGGCGGACCAGUUACUGAAAUUCAUGACAGAUCCAAAGCUAAAUCCUCUGGCGGUCGGUUUGAACCUGAGCGCAAGCUUAAAGGCUGAUGCAUCAAACAAAGAAAUUGAAGUUGCCAUGAAGAGAGUCCGAGAGGCACAGUCCCUCAUCUCUGCAGCCAUUGAGCCAGGAAGCAAGGACAGCAAAAGGCGUCACUCUCGCUCACGGUCCAGGUCCAGAAGGAGGAGGACCAGAUCUCGCUCACGACACAGGCGCACGAGGAGCAGAUCAAGGCGGCGGUCAGGCUCUCGAAGCAGGAGGCGGUCCAAGAGUCCUCGCCGGAGACGCAGCCGCUCCAGAGACCGCAAACGCUCCCGCAGCAGAGAGAGAAAAAAGGAUGAAGGAAGGAAAAGAUCCAGGACCCCUCCCAAAAGCUACAGUACAGCAAGAAGAUCACGCAGUGCCAGUCGGAGGCGGCGAAGAAGUCGUAGUGGCAGCCGAUCUCCAAGAAAAUCUCCUAAGAGGUCUCCAUCAAGGUCUCCCUCUCCUCGAAGACAUAAGAAAGAAAAGAAGCGUGAUAAAGAGAGGGACAGAGAGCGCAGGAGUGACAAAGACCGUAGCCGUGAUGACCGUGAACACACUAGCAGCAAGAAGAAGAGGAGCAAAGACAAGGACCGUGACCAGGAGAGGAAGCUUGAUGGGGAGAAAGACGUCAAGGUCACCAGAGACUAUGAUGAAGAAGAGCAAGGCUAUGACAGUGAGAAGGAGCGCAUGGAGAGGAAGGGCUCUGAGGACUCCAUGUCUCCUCGCUCUGAAGACAAUGGCACGCGGAUCGUGAAGGCGGUCAAAGUCAACGGUUCUGAUGACCACCACGAAGAGGACAUGGAUGUGAGCGACUAGUGCUGUCCUUUCUAUAUCGCCAAUGUUUAGUCAGUCUGAAAAUGUGAUUGGUUUCAACUCUUGUUUCUCAUACUCAACUGUCAUCUCUUCUACAAAAUAUAAUGCAGAUUUUUAAGUUAUUCUUGCCUAGGGAUUACCCAAUGGUUUGUCAAGUCGCAUUUUAAUAGCCUUUACUCUGCUUGCGUCUGCUUCGUCCUCUUCAUAUGUGAUAUCUUUACAUUUCAACUUUGUCAUGUGUUAACCUAUCCUCUAUUCACAUUGGACAGUUGUAUUAUUGAGUCAUGUUAUUUGGAAGUGUUUUAUCAAUGAUUACGUUUUUUAAUUAAAGUCUCUCUGGACAAA